AUGGCUGGUUCUGAUUCCGGAAUCUUCAAUUGGGAGCUGCUCGACGAGGCUGCCACAGUCACCACCCUUACCCUGGACCAACCGGAGGUCGAUGAGAAGGAGAAGGAACUUGGCCUGGCCGUGGAAACGCAGACCUCUGUUCUGUCCCGUCCUGUCAACACGCGCUUGGCCAAAGCGCGGUCCAUCAAAGAGGUGAACUCAUCAAAGGGUUCAGAACAAGGCAUGGGUGGUGGCAGAAGCAGGGAGAUCCAUCACUAUCACGAGGACAAGGAAUCCAAAGAGCUUGCGCGCAGGGCUAGUGAAGAAGCGGCAGCUUUGCGCGAGUCAAUGAUGAAGGAACGAAAACGUGUUCAGGAGCAGCAACAUCAGCUCGACCAGCAGCACCAGGAAACCCUGCGCCGCCUAGAACAGCACGCUGCGGAAGAGAGGGCCGCUGCAGAGAGAAGGUUGCGGGAAGAGGAAGAGAAGCGGCGCAGGGAGGCUCAAGAGGCCCUUCAACGUUUGGCGGAACAGGAGAGGGAGGCUGAAGCCCGCUUGGUUGCAGAGAUCCAGAAGGAGCGCGAUAACAUUCAGAAGCAGAAGCAUGAAAAGUGGUUGCGUCUCAAAAGAGAUUAUCCUAUCCCUGCUUACCUUGAGCCCUAUGUGAAUGAGGUGACCGAAAAUGCUGAGUUGGAUGGCGCGCGGGGGCGAUUUGUGAAUGUUGCCAUGCUGGGAGAUUCCGGAACUGGCAAGAGUUCGUUGAUCAGAGCAAUUUUGAAGCACUUUGACAUUACCUUGCCAGAGGAUGAGAUGCCCAAAAUCUCAAUGGAAGGCGAUGGAACGCUGGAGCCAGCGCGAUUUUCACUGGCCAAUCUGGGUCAAGUCUCAUUGUGGGAUCUUCCAGGGCAAGGCACCACGAAGAUUUGCUCCAGAACAUAUCUCUGCAAUAUGGGACUCAAGUACUUCGACCUGGUCGUCAUUGUCACAGAUGGUCGUUGGUCUGAAGGCGACGCAAGUUUGUUGGCCGCCAUCCGUUUUGCAGACAUCCGAUGCCUGGUUGCUCGAAGCAAGGUGGAUCUUGCAGUAGAGGCUGGAAAAGAAGAUCAAGGAUGGAGCCAACAAGAAACACUGCAGCACGUGAGCAAGAAAUUGCAAGAUCAAACCGGACUCACACCAGGUCGCAUUCAUUUGGUGACAUCAAGGCCACGCUUCUGGAAUGAAUUUGGCUCAGUCGAAAUCUUGUGCCAAAAGCUGGAAGGGGAAGUGCGAGCAUCCUUGGCAGGUGAGUCAGUGGAGGAGAUGUUUGACGAGCCCUCACGCUGGUCAACAGUGUUGGCGCUUCUGAAUGUACUCCAAUAUCAGCCGGAGGUGGACCACGUGUCCUGGACAGACAGUACCGGGCGAUACAAGCGAUACAGUGCCAUGAAGCUGCGUGGAGGGGUGGUGGUGCCGUCGUUAGCCCGUGCGGCAGAAGAGAUGGUACUGAACGCCAUCGAUGCAGAGGCCUCCAUGGUAGAGGUGGAGCUGCAGGAGUCUUCAGUCGGAUGCGCUUUGGAGGUUCGAGACAAUGGCCUUGGCAUUGAUCCUUCAGAUUUUUCACUUCUUGGGCAUCGCGGUGCUCGAGGUGGUCAGGGUCGAGGAGAGUCACUAGCAGCUUUAGUGGCACGAUGUGAGCGUGUGCUCAUCCUUUCGAAGGUGGCCAGCAAAGAAACAUGGUGCAAGUGCUUCGAGCGCGGCAUAGCUGUGAGAUGUGAGCCAAGCGGCAGUCCAAGAGGAGGUGUUGGUACUACACUGCGCGUCGAGGGCUUUUUGGCCUGCCGCAAGGGCCCGUCGGAGCUGCGCCGACGGCUGGACCGGAUGGCGUUGCUGCGGCCGCAGCUGGCACUGCGGCUUCGCACCGGCCCACGAGAGGUAGAGAUCAUUGACCUUAAGCAGGAAGAUGUCAUGUCUCGAAUGCAGCGCGUUCUUGGUUUGAGCUGCGCCCGUGCUCUUUGCAGGGUGCAGCUCUCAUCAAGCCGAAGUGCAUGCAGCCUAGAAGGUGUCAUCUCAAGAUUGAAAGACGGCCACGCCAGCGACCAGUUCAUGUUUCUAUACAUCAACGGGCGCUUUGUGGAAGAGACGCCAAUCCACACGUCCAUUGCAAAUUUCUAUGCCACCAGCAGUUUCUCAAAAGUUCAGUCAGGUCGAGGACCGCAAUCCAUCGCAGCUGCAGCAGCCGGUAAUUUGCGACCUUUAUUUGUACUGAACCUCAUGUGUCCAGUCGAGUGGUACGACCUGAACUUUCUGCCAGAUCGCUCUGUCGCACAGUUCAGAGACUGGAAGCAGCCGAUCUAUUUCAUUUUGAAUUGUCUUCGACGGGUUUGGUUUGAAAGGAACGCCGAGCCCGAUCACUCUCCUGCAAGUUUGAAGAGGAGGCCAGAACAAGGAAGACUUACAGCUGUGCUUCAGCUGAAGUGCCGAAAGUUCUGA